AUGUUCGUCUUAUCCAACCUUGUCUUCCUUGCCCUUUCUGUGGCGACCAGCGCGGUUAGCGUUAACGCGCAAGGAAUCUGCGCCCGCAACACCACUGUCCACCUCGGUGAGACUUGCGACAUCAUCUCUAAAUUCUUCAACGUCUCCACGUACCAGUUAGCCUUCGUCAACCAGGAUAAGAUCGAUGUUGCCUGUGACAACCUUGCGGUCGGCGAGCCUCUUUGCUUGGGAGUUAUGGGACAGGAUUGUGAUACGACUCAUGUCAUCGUGUCCGGAGAUUUCUGCGCCUCUGUUGCGGACACUGCGGGAAUCGAUGUGAACACUCUGCUCGCUAACAAUCCCAACGUCAACUCGGACUGCAGUAACAUCUAUCCAGAUGAGGUCCUCUGCACCUCGUCGACGAUCUUCACCUAUACAGAGACGGCUGUUGCGUAG